AGACACAAAGCUGACGGGUCUGUAAAACACUAACAUGAACUUUUGUCAUCCAUGGUGCGUCCCUGAGUGAUAAUUUCUUAAUAUCACGGCUCCAUCUUGAGAUCUGUCUAUGCAGGAGACCUGCGUCCACCAGCCAGAACAUGCCUAUGCUGGUAAAGAAAAAAUGCAAUUUUACCACUUUUUUUAAAGAAUAUGAACCUUGCAUUGUUUUAGAUAAAAUCUAAAAGCGAGAUAUUCUUAUUCAUUGUUUGUAGUAAACUGAUGCGCACUGGCCGUUUCUUAUUUCACCUUUGUAAUUAUAAAGAUAACCUGAAAUUUAAUCUAACAAGCCACUUCUAAGCAUGACACACGCACUCCUUAAAUGGUAACAAGAAUAAUUAUAAGAGAACUCGUUUUAGUUUUAAAUUGGUACCGCUAUGCGGACGGUUGUUAUGAAAUAGUACACUGCCGACCGCUUUGUUAUGGUCCGAUCCUUGCUCUUGACAUACGGUCACUUGGCACGCAUAUUAAUAGAUCAACUGAUUCACAACUCUUUAGUUACCACGAGGCACUUUGGAGGGGCGAACGUGCGAUAUGCGAUCGCCAAAACUUCCCUUGUUUCGAAAGGAAAUGAGGGAACUGUUAAAAGUGUGGUUUGUGACGUCUGAGUGCACGGAGAUGUAGCAGUGAUAAUAUGGUUGUCUGUGGAAUGUCCCAUCGGCGAGUGCGCAUAGGUGAUACCGGCAGCACGCACGCGUUGUACCUCGAAACAAUAGUCGAGGAGACGAGCGAUGAUUUACGUUCCGAACGCUCCUCCGCUGCCACGUGGCUCUCAGACUCCGAUGCGGACUCCGUCAUACACGUCCGUGGAGUCGCCGGUUCGGAGGACAGUGAAUCAGAACGAGAAUGGGCAUGCCCUGCAAAACGGCGACGGCGGGAGCGCACCACCUCGCCCACCAGUUCCGCGUCGCUGUCGCGUUCUUCCAGCCUAGCACAGUUUGAAUCCCUAGAGCGGUCAUGCGCAGCGCCGACAUCGCCGAGCUUAUCCCCUGAUUCUCUCGAAUCACCGCCUGCGUCUCCACCGCCAACGCGAGCGCCCGCACCUCGCACGCAUCUCUCCGCCGAAAACCUCAGCGAAGACAGCGGGUACAGUGAGCGGUCGAGGCGGCCGCCCCCGCCUCAACGCCGCCCGCCCGAAAUAGCGCACCGGCCGGCAGCCGCCGGCAGCGUGCCGUGUCUCGCGACCGCGGUCAGUGUGGAGCGCCGCCCGCCCCGCGCCACGCGCGCUCUUUCCUUGCCCGCCGAGCUCGACGUGUGUGCCGAGCCACGCCGCCACGCGAGUCACCGCGCUCACUUCCGACAGACUUUCGAAGUCAGCGACAGCCUCACCGUCAGCGUGGCGGACCUCACCGCGCUCGACUACCGCGGCGGAUCGCGGCGCCCGCGCCUGCCGCCCCCGCCGCCGCCCCCUCGCGCACCCCGCCAACCACCCCCGCCACCCCCCGAUGCCAUCACGCGCCAGCCGUCGGCGUCCCCGGUUCGCGAGCCGAGCGCCGGCAGCGACUCCACCACCGAGUCGGAGCAGGCAUUCGCCCGCGAAAUGGAAACCACCGCCCGCCAGCUCGAUGAGACCGCGAGACGAGCGCUCGCCGACAGUGGCAACUUUGACCGCGAGCUAUCGGUCCUGACGGCGAGACGACUUCGAGACUCGUGGGGGAUCUGGGACGACGUUUUAGACGAAUUACGACGACGAAUGGAUCCUCAAUCAGCUACCCCGUCUCCACCCCGAACGCCCUCCCCGGAUCCAAUUAGGGAACCCUCCUUCACUUCGACACCUUUGAGAACGGGCGAUGCGAGAGUGCGAUCGACACCCGAAUUGCGUGCGAGAGCUACGCCACACCGUGAAACGCCUGAAGAGCUACGAGCGUCGCUACAACUCGUAGCACCGCCGCCCCCUGGUGCUACGCCGCCCGUUCGUUCAGUGUCCGCGGGUUCGAAAGGAGUUACGUUCUCACCAGUAGUCGCAGAGGUGAGCUGGCGCGAGACAAGCGCGAGCACCACGGAGAGCGAGACGACCGCGAGCGACGACGCGGCCGACGCAGAAGUGGAGGUCGUGGAGGGGGGGAGCGAGGAGGCGCACGCGCCGGCCUCAGAACGCACGGCUACCAUGACGGAAGCGGGCGCGCGCGCUCCGCGCAGCCGCAUCGCGGGCUUCCUAUCGCGGUUCGCGAACUUCCGAUUUUCGGGUCGUAAAGAGAAAAAGUCUCGGGGCGCAGGCGCGCUACCCCGACCGGCGUUGAACGGUUCGACAGCGGCAGACGCGGGGCAGGGACCGCGCGGGGCGGCCGGCGGGCCGCAGUAUGUGCGCAUCCCGCUGAAAGAGGAGGGUGUGUCGCGCGCGGCGGGUCCCCCGGCGACGGCGGCGGGCGGCGGCGUGGCGCACAAACCGCCACGGCCGCGCCCGCCGCCCGCUCCAGCGCCUGGAGUCCUCGAGACCGACGUCGACACGCAGCGCACCGUGCUCCACGCGCGCUCGCUGCUCGCGCUCGCGCCGCCCGACCAGCGCGCGCCGAGACCCCACAAGUCAAUGGAGUUCCUGCUCGACAAGGACAGCGCCCAAAUCGUACAGGUGAAAGUGCGCACAUCUGCACAUUGUCGCCAGCCAUUGUACCGCGGGCCAUAUCCGCACACGGUGGGCGUAGCUGUAAUUUUAUCAAAGCAUGCGCAUUAUAAUUGCUAUACUAUUGACAUUCCUGACGCUAAACUACAGAACCACAAAAACGGCCCGAACUAA